AGAUGUGGAAGACUCUAUUUCAUUAGAUACCAAUUCCAUAAAUCACAUUAACAUAUAUAAUCAUAAUAUGAAAAACCAUUACAGACAAAGAAAAAUAUGUAGGGACUUGCCUAUUUUGCAGUAUAAGUAUGAUAUUCUUAAUAAGUUACAAAAUAAUCAAAUUUUGUUGAUUAAAGGAAACACUGGGUGUGGUAAAAGUACUCAAGUUCCACAAUACAUAAUUGAUGCACACGCAGAGGAAAGUAUGGGAAGUGAAUGUAAUAUACUUAUCUCUGAACCUCGUAGAGUUGUAGCACUAUCUUUAGCUAAUACUGUCGCAAAUGAAAGAGGUGAAAAGCCAGGUGAUGUGGUAGGUUAUCACGUACGAUUUGAUAAAGUACUACCACAAAUGGGUCGUUCAAUAUUAUAUUGCACCCAGGGCAUAUUAUUGCGAAGAUUAGAAUCUGAUCCUACUUUAAAGAGAGUAACACAUGUAAUUAUAGAUGAAGUUCAUGAAAGAAGUAUACAGACUGAUCUGACGCUAAAGUUAUUGAAAGACGUAUUAAAACAUAAUUCGCAUAUUAAGCUUAUAAUUAUGUCUGCAACUUUAAAUACAGAACUAUUCAAAAAAUAUUUUUCUUGCGAAAUUUGUGAAGUUCCUGGAAAAACAUAUCCUGUAAAUAUGCACUUUAUAGACGAUAUCGAUAUAUUUAAAAGGCAGUCCUUAAAUCAGAACAAUCUUUUGGAAAUGGGCGUUCCCUUUGACAAAAUAGUAGACCUAAUACAAUGGAUUAUUAGAACGAAACCACCUGGAGGUAUUUUAUGUUUUCUCCCAGGUUGGCAUGAAAUUAGCUAUCUGCACAAGUUGCUUCAAAGUACAGAAAUGGAUAAUUUAUUAAUAUUACCUCUUCAUUCCAAAGUGACAAAUAAGAAUCAAAAAGCGGUUUUUGAUCCAGUCCCCAAUAACAUUACGAAAAUUAUUUUAGCUACAGAUAUAGCUGAGAGUGGUAUUACUAUUGUAGAUAUAAGUUAUGUUAUAGAUACUGCCGUUAAGAGAGAAAUACAAUGGGAUAACAAUAAAUCUUUAUCCAGUGUGAAUAUUACAGGGAUAUCGCAAACGAAUAUCUUGCAAAGGAAAGGAAGAGCUGGACGUGUGAAAUGUGGUGAAAGUUUUCAUUUAAUUACACGAAAAGAAUAUAAUGAGCUAGAAAAAUUCCCGAAACCAGAUAUACUAAAAAUUCCAUUGGAACAAACAAUUAUUAUUAGUAAAAUACAUAGUAAGAAGAAAGCGAAAGAUUUUAUGAAUGAAAUGAUUGAAGUGCCCGAUAAUACGGUAAUAAAUUGUGCUGUUCACAAUUUACAAAAGCUUAACAUUCUUGAUAAGGACGAAAACUUAACAAAUUUGGGAAAGCGUGUUAAGCAUAUGUCAUUAACUCCGAAACUAAGUAAAGCAGUAAUAUUAUCUGGUAUUUUUCAAUUUGGUUUUAUUCUUGUAGAUGGAAAUCAUAAUGUACUUUAUAAAGACAUCAAACUGCAGCAUCAUAAGACAAGUGAUCAUAUUGCUGAGUUAAAAUAUUUUAAAGAAUUAAUUAAUAAUAAAAAUAGCUUGUUUUAUAAUGUCCCUAAAAACAGUUUAAAAAAUUUGAGUAGCCUAAAACAAUUGUACACGCUACAUCUGGACGAUCUUUUUAGAAGUGGUAUAAUUCCAUCGUCAUUAAAUGUUGAAUAUAUGAAUAUGUAUUCCAAGAAUAAUGAAUUAAUUCGAGCAGUUUUAUUUGCUGCUACGAACCACUUGAUAAAAAGAAAUGCUUAUGGAUAUGAAAAAGGAUACUUUACAAAAUAUCAAAACAGUUUAUAUACCGAGAGUAACGAAUAUGUUAAAUUGAAAUCCAGUAGUGUAAAUUACGGCAGACAAAGAUGGCCAAGUGACAUAUUAACAUAUCUAUAUACAAUGUCGUUUGUUAAAAGGAAAUCUACUUUAGUUCUUGACACAAGCAUAAUAUCACCCUUAUCAGUCCUAUUAUUCAGUAGUGGUGAUGUUCUGUGUAACAAAAUGCAAGAUGAUACAUCAGCAAAUGAAGAAAAAGUUCGUCUUGAUAUAGAGAAUAUAGAAAAUUUAACCUUGAUUUGUGAAAAAGAAACCGCGCAUAUACUACUCACGUUUCGAAGUAUUUUAUGGAAAAUGGUAGAGUUUCAACUGGAACAUGCAAGUGCAGCUAAUCAUGAAGAGAAUUUAGAAGAAGUUCAAUCUUUCCAAAGGAAACUAAUGGCUCUAGUUGCAAAAUUGUUACACAAAUCGUCGGAAGGUAUUGACGAUAUGACUGAUGAUGAUUUAAAACCUACGGAAAGUUAA